CAUUGGGCUAGACUGCGCCACGCCCUUCCUACUGAAAAUCACAUUCUCCGCCCGACGCCAAAAUACGGCUCGCGCGCUCACUCACUCAUCAAUACAGGGGAUCACAGUCAAACCUAAAGUAGUAGGUUGACUGGUGCGCGUCCUGUCAUUUUGCUCAGCUGCUUAGGCGGAGGGAGAGAGGCUGGGAUCGGAGACGGUUCGACCGAGCCGCGAGCUGACUUCGAGGGCGGCGCUCCCUAGUCUGAAAACGUGUAUGGAUGCGCAUGCGGCAUCUUCGUCAACGUGUGCUCCGCAUCCCAAAGCACCGAAGGACUGUCGGCAGACAUGUCGUUGUGAAGAGAGACACUCUCCUGGAGAUUGAGAGAGAGUGUCAGUUGAGAUGGGAGAGAGACGGAGUGGUCCAGAUGGCAUGCUCCUCAGUGGUCUUCCCUGGAGAUGUGGAGGAGAGGGAGGAGGAGGAGGAGAGUCCUGACCCUGCUGACCCCACCAAGAGAGCCAAGAAGACUAGAGUAAAAGUGGCGGCCAAGACGGGGAACAUGACCCUACCAGUGGGACAUCAUGAGGAGUCUGGGAUCAAUGACCAUGACAUACGGAAGUUGAUGGAGGAGUCGUUCUCACAACUGAGCCAACCCCUACUACGACUCCUUUGUGAGAUGGCAGUUCACAAACUCAAGGAGAGGAAAAAGAUCAAGUUGGCAAAAAGGUGGGAACACUCUGCCCAGGCACAACCAUAUUCUUCCACUGGAGGGCCACCCAGUAUGACCACGACAGAGCCACUGGUGAAGGGGUGGGCCACAGGAUACACUCUCAUCAAGAUGCUGGCUACAUCCAGACAUCACACUACAGAGCUUAUGGGUGUGGCUUUGAAAGCACCUCUGACAUCAUAUGAUGUCAUCUAUACUCUUCCAAUGCUCACCAUCAAGGAGGACAAAGGCACUGGAGUGGUGACCUCUGUACCCUCUGAUGCUCCUGAUGACUACGCUGCUCUUAGAGAUGUCCAAAAGAAGAAGGCUCUUCGUGACAAGUUUGGCAUAAUCGAUGAAAUGGUUCUGCCAUACAAACCAGUCCCCAUUAUUGAUAUUCCAGGAAUUGGAAAUCUCUCUGCUGUCACUGCCUGUGACCAGUUCAAGGUUCUGCUGGUGGGGCCUCACUCGGGGAAGAAGGUGCAGGAGGCCAAGAAGCUGAUCCAGGGAGACAUGGUGGCCAGCGGAGAGGCUGUCCUCUACCAGGAACCUGAGAGGAGUGUCACCACUCGCUCAGGAGACCAGUGUGUCGUGGCCCUCACCAACCAGUGGUAUCUGGACUAUGGAGAGCCUGGCUGGAAGGAGACUGUGAGAAAUGUCUUGAAAGGAGUCAGAACAUAUGCUGAAGAAGUAAACAACAACUUUCUGACUACUCUAGACUGGCUCCAUGAACAUGCCUGUUCCAGAGUCUUUGGCCUUGGAACCCUCAUUCCGUGGGACCCAAAGUUCAUGAUAGAGUCUCUCUCCGACUCCACCAUCUACAUGUCCUACUACACUGUGGCCUACCUGCUACAGGGAGGUGUGGUCAAUGGCUCCACCCCUGGGCCUCUGGGAAUACGCCCAGAGCAGAUGACAGUGGCCACACAAAGUGAGUCCCAAGACAAAUGUUUUUACUUCAGUAUGGCACACCAACUGGACAUGGAGCUCGAGGCGUACAACCUGCGAAGGUUCCAGCAGAUCAUGGGAGACUAUGAGAACAUCAAAUUCCCCACUCCCCUCUUCCCCUACGUCACCAAGAGAGUCCUGGUGGAGACCUUUGAGCCUGGUAGUCACAUCUCUAGAUACAUGGACAACCCGGGAGGACAGCUGCAGAAGAACCUGGCCAGGAUUGGGACCGAUGCCCUCCUUGACAUGUUGUUCAUCCACAACUUUGUCCAUGGAGACCUCCAUCCUGGCAAUAUCCUGGUCCAGGACACACACCAGCCUCGCCUGGUCCUCCUGGACUGUGGUAUCGCCACCAGUCUCACGCCCUUUGACCUCCUCCAGAUGAGGGCUCUCUUCACCGCCAUCGUCAAGGGAGAUGUGAGUUGAGCAGCAGUUUAUGUGUAUGUGACAGUACAUUGGCUAAGUUUUACGGAACAUAAUUGCAUUCAGUUGGUGUGUUAGUCUUGAAAAGGAUUGUGACAGUACGUUGGCUAAGUUUAGCAGAAAUAUAAUCUCAUUCUUGCACUGGGUCCUUAGCCCUUAUGUAUAUACUGCCAUAUUCCCUUUUAUGUUCACUCUCAUCGGCAAACACUUAGGACACCCCAAAACCAGGACGCCUUUCUUGUAAGGACACCUUUUCUUCCCCCACAAGAACAGUUCCUUGCAUGCAAUGUAACCUCCUCAUCAUAAUGUUGAUGUGACAGGGAGUACAAGUGGCAGACCUGAUGCUGGGCUCCCAGCCCUGCCCCACAGUGGAGGAGUACCGCAGGAACAUGGCUGAACUGGUCUCACGAGGACUCCAGGGACUCACUCGCAUUCAGAAUGUGAAGGUGUCUAACCUAUUCUCCGAGCUAUUUGAUGUGCUCAUGAAACACAAGGUAUGUUACUUCCUAUUAAUGCCCCCCACCAGGGUAGGACAUACAGUGGUACCUCUGAGUAUGGGACACUAUGGGACCGACAAUUUUGUCCCUUGUGGAGAGGACGCCCCUAUCAUCAAAUAAUACACUAAGUAUCAGCAUGGGGUUGAAACAAGUGUCCUUUGUAGAGUAUCUCAGAGGGUCCCUUAUCAGGUUUCUCACUGUAUCCAUGGCCAGGUUCGAAUAGAGCCCAACUACAC